CUUGUGUCCGCGCCUCUCAUUGGCUGCAGAGCCUGAGGCUGGCUCAGGCGCGCUGUCCCAUUGGACCAGGACUACUGCCAAUCAACUGAGGCUGAAAUCCCCUUGCAAAGUCCGAGUCCAGUUUGUGAAGGAAAUUCACACGCAGCUGCAGCACGAACGGUUUUCCUGUGCAGAGCUGCUUGGCAUUCUGGGAUGAUGUCAGGUGACAACUCCAACAGCAAUGGCUCCCCUUCCAGCUGGACUAUCCUGGGCCCAGAGGGAUGUGCCGUGGAGAGCGUGGGCCCAGGGGAUGAUGGGAUAGCCAGUCCUCCAGCUGCUGAAGCACUGACAGAGCCCCUUUCAGCUCCAGAGCCGGAUCCCUCAAGCACUGACCACCUGAAACGGAAGGAGGGGCAGAUCCUGCAGGGGUCUGAGCAGGCCGGAGCUGAGAGCCCGGGGGGCCCCUUGAGCCCCCCAAUCGAAGAGUCCAAUAUCAUCCCCAUUCCCCCGCCCAGCGAAGACCCGCAGCAGGAAGGGGAGGAGCUGCGGGAGGAAGGGGAGGGGCCUGGUCUGGCCAGGAAGAUGUCUGAUGCCGUUAAGCAAGCAGGUAUGCAGUUAGUGGACGGAAUCCGCAGCUGGGGGAGGCGUCUGAUUGGUCGAGCAGGAGGUACUGAGGAUGUCUCUGACUCGGACAGCUCAAACGGAGAGGAGGAUGAAGGGAGUGUGUUGAGGAGGAGGAGGGGAGCCCAGCGCUUCGAAGACGCCCUCGAGAGGGGUCAGGAGAUCCCCCCGGGACGGGACGGCCAGGAGGGAGGGGGGCUGUCCGUGAACAAGUGCAUCGUGGGAGCUCUGAUCGUGCUGGUCCUGGGGCUGGUCCUGCUGUCAGGUGUGUUUGUUGACCAGGGCGAGGAUCCAGAGGAGGAGGUGCAGAGGAGGGAGGUGAAGGAAGGCAUCCAGGAUCGGCUGAACCAAAGUGACCCCCAGGAUCUGCAGACACUGACCGCUCUGCUGGACACACUGGCCAAAGAAAACCAGGGGAUUCGUCUCAUGCAGGAGCAGCUGCAGACUCAGAAGGAGGAGCUGGAGAGGGCUUUGUCGGAGAUGAACCAGCAGGCAAGCAGAGGAGAAGAGGCAUCGAGACUGCAGGAGCUGGAACAGGAGAACGAGAGGCUGCAAAGGGAGCUGGAGUCUGUGCCCGGCCUCCAGGGGGAGCUAGAGAGGCUGAGAGGGGGGGAGGGGGAGGCCAACGACACCGCCCUGCAAGAACGACACGCUGCCCUAGAAUGGGAUCUGCGAGAGGAGAGGGAGCAGACGGCUGGGCUCCUGAGCCAGAGGGAGGAGCUGGAGUCGGAGGUCUUGAGGCUGAGACAGGAACUGGACAAGCAGAGGCAGCUACUGGGGGGUGUGAGGGCGGAGCUUCAGGGGCUGAUCGCGAAUGCGAGCCACGAGGAAGGGGCGGGGUUAGGGGAGGGGCUGGCGGAGCUGGAGAAGAGGCUGGGGGCGGAGCUGCAGGACUGGGAGAGGGGGGAGGAGGAAGGAGGACGAGGGGAGAGGCUGACGAAAAGAGAGGGGGAGGAGAAGAGUCAGGAAGAACCUCCGGGAGCUUUCGGGGUUCCCAGGAAAGAGGGUGACCAGGGGAGGGCGCCGACGAAGCCCAAGAAGGAAUCAGGGAAGCCCUGGCGGGAGAAGGAGAGAGAGAAUAAAGCUGGAGGAGGAGAUGAGAAGUGGGGGACGAACAGGAAAGAGGGAGAGUGGAGGAAGGGAGGGAGGGGGGAGAGCUGGAAGGAAAAGAGGGAGCAGAGAAGAGGAGGGGAGAGGAAGGAGGAGGAGGGAGAGAUGAGGCAGGAGAGGGAGAGACGGUACUCAGUGCAGAGGGAGAGGGAGCACAAGCAUAGAGGGGAGAGGGAGGAGGGGGAGAGGGGGCACGAGCAUAGAGGGGAGAGGGAGAGAGAGAAAGCUAAGAAGCACUGGCAGUCUCCAAGCAUCCAGGAUGCCAAGCCCGGCCACAGGCACCACGACCACAACCGGUUCUGGAAGAACGACCCAGACAGCCGGCGCCACUACCGCCCCCCGCAGGGCUGCUCGGGGCUGCAGGACUGCGCCGCACAGGAAGGGCUGGAACCCGUGAGGCAGCGUGACUUCGAGCAGCUCCUCGGGGCUCACCUGGAGGGGCUAGGGACCGGGAGGCAGGAGCUGGAGAGAUUCGCACAGAGCUUCUUCGAGGACGGGGUGUUCCUGCACACGAGGAUGCUCUUCCGAGACUUCCUGGAGGAUCUGGAGCAGCUGCUGGAGAGGGAGGGGGCGGGAGGGAUCUACACAAGGUUUUUCGGGAAGCAGGAGGAGGAGGGAGAGGAACGAGGAACCCAGGACAGACACAGCAAGAAACCUGCCCCCAGACCCCACCACGAACAGCCAGAGCCACACAAGCACAGCCAGCGACCCCACCAUGGACAGCCUGAGCCACACAAGCACAGCAAGCGACCCCACCACGAACAGCCUGAGCCACACAAGCACAGCAAGCGACCCCACCAUGGACAGCCUGAGCCACACAAGCACAGCAAGCGACCCCACCAGGAACAGCCAGAGCCACACAAGCACAGCAAGCGACCCCACCACGAACAGCCAGAGCCACACAAGCACAGCCAGCGACCCCACCACGAACAGCCAGAGCCACACAAGCACAGCCAGCGACCCCACCACGAACAUCCUGAGCCACACAAGCAGAAACACAAGAACUGGCAGCAGAGGGACAGACCACAGCGCCUUCCAGAGGAGGAGGACUAACCUUGCAGAAGGAGGCACAGGGAGUCGGGUCACCAGGGGGAGCCAGUGAGUCAGCACUCCAGACACUAGACCACACCCCCCCCCAUCCUCCUCCUCCUCCUCGUCCCCGCCCACUAAUGACACCCAAUCAGAGCAGGCACGGAGUGAGCUGGAUUCUGACUCCUCCCACUGUGUGGUUUAGGUUUUGAUUGGAUGUGAUUUAUUUAAAUGCGUCGCUACUGUACAGUGUGAUCUGCAUUAGCCAGUCCCUGUGGCACACAUUUGCACGUUGCACACUAAAAUACAACAGGUAAUAAUUCACUAUCAAUAUUCACUGUAUUGAAGGCAGCUAUGGAGGUGCCUCUCAACUGUUAUAUAUAUUUUAUAGCUGUGUGUAUAAUUGCACCAUGUAAAAUUUCCUAUCAUAGAGUUCACAUAUGUAAUUGUAUCAUUUUGAAUAUUAUAGAAGGGGCUAUACGUGCAUACAUACAUACAUGCAUUACAUAUGCUGCUGUUGUGCUAGGAGAUCACUGCUGUCCUCUACUCUGUGAUCCUGUGUGUUUUGGUUUCUUUGUUUUAAUUAUCCAGGAGCCUCGCUGGUCCAGCGGUUAGAUCGCUCGCUUGCAUAAGGGCUGCAGGUUCGAAUCACGCGUCUCUCUCUCUCUCUCAAGUUUUUAAAUUGUAUUUGUAUGAAUCUGCCUUGUUGAUUAAUUUGUUUUUCUCUGUGUGUGUGUGUGUUGGUUUUUUUAAAUUUUAUUUAUUAAAAUAUUUCAGACGAG